CCGAGCCUGUCCCCGUCCCCGCGCCGCCCGGCGCCGCGCCCGCAGCCUCGCCCGGCCGUGCUGCGGCUGCCCGCCCCACACCCGGUGCCCGCAUAUCCGCCCGCGGGCGCUGCGAGCCGCGGCCCGCGCCAUGGCCCCCAUCGGACUCAAGGCUGUGGUGGGAGAAAAGAUUAUGCACGAUGUGAUCCGAAAAGUGAAGAAGAAGGGUGAAUGGAAGGUGCUGGUGGUGGAUCAGCUCAGCAUGCGCAUGCUCUCCUCCUGCUGCAAGAUGACCGACAUCAUGACAGAGGGCAUCACAAUUGUGGAAGACAUCAACAAGCGCCGGGAGCCGCUGCCCAGCCUGGAGGCCGUGUACCUCAUCACCCCCUCCGAGAAGUCCAUCCACUCCCUCAUCAACGACUUCAAGGAUCCUCCCACCUCCAAGUACAGAGCUGCCCACGUCUUCUUCACUGACUCCUGUCCUGAUGCCCUCUUCAAUGAGCUGGUGAAAUCCCGUGCUGCCAAGGUCAUCAAAACCCUGACAGAGAUCAACAUUGCCUUCCUGCCCUCUGAGUCCCAGGUUUACUCCCUGGAUUCAGCCGACUCCUUCCAAAGCUUUUACAGCCCACACAAGGCUCAGAUGAAGAACCCGAUCCUGGAGCGGCUGGCGGAGCAGAUUGCCACGCUGUGCGCCACGCUGAAGGAGUACCCGGCCGUGCGGUACCGCGGGGAUUACAAGGACAAUGCCAUGUUGGCACAGCUCAUCCAGGACAAGCUGGACGCCUACAAGGCUGAUGAUCCCACCAUGGGCGAGGGCCCGGACAAGGCGCGUUCCCAGCUCCUCAUCCUGGACCGUGGCUUCGACCCCGCGUCCCCGGUGCUGCACGAGCUGACCUUCCAGGCCAUGAGCUACGACCUGCUGCCCAUCGAGAACGAUGUCUACAAGUACGAGACGAGCGGCAUCGGGGAGGCUCGGAUUAAGGAGGUUCUCCUGGACGAGGAUGAUGACCUGUGGGUCACUCUGCGCCACAAACACAUCGCAGAGGUGUCCCAGGAGGUCACCCGUUCCCUGAAGGAGUUUUCUUCAAGCAAGAGGAUGAACACAGGCGAUAAGACCACCAUGAGAGACCUGUCCCAGAUGCUGAAGAAGAUGCCACAGUACCAGAAGGAGCUCAGUAAGUACUCGACCCACCUGCACCUGGCUGAGGACUGCAUGAAGCACUACCAGGGCACAGUGGACAAGCUCUGCCGAGUGGAACAGGACCUGGCCAUGGGCACUGAUGCUGAAGGUGAGAAGAUCAAGGACCCAAUGAGGGCCAUUGUCCCCAUCCUGCUGGAUGGGAAUGUCAGCACCUACGACAAGAUCCGCAUCAUCUUGCUCUACAUCUUCCUGAAGAAUGGCAUCACCGAGGAGAACCUGAACAAGCUGAUCCAGCACGCGCAGAUCCCAGCAGAGGACAGCGAGAUCAUCACCAACAUGGCUCACCUCGGCGUGCCCAUCAUCACAGACUCCACCCUGCGCCGCCGCAGCAAGCCCGAGCGCAAGGAGCGCAUCAGCGAGCAGACCUACCAGCUGUCCCGAUGGACCCCCGUCAUCAAGGACAUCAUGGAGGAUGCCAUCGAUGACAAGCUGGACACCAAGCACUACCCGUACAUCUCCACGCGCUCCUCCGCCUCCUUCAGCACCACCGCUGUCAGUGCCCGCUACGGCCACUGGCACAAGAACAAGGCCCCGGGCGAGUACCGGAGCGGCCCCCGCCUCAUCAUCUUCAUCCUGGGCGGCGUCAGCAUGAACGAGAUGCGCUGUGCCUACGAGGUGACACAGGCCAGCGGCAAGUGGGAGGUGCUAAUAGGGUCCACGCACAUCCUCACCCCACAGAAGCUGCUGGACACGCUGAAGAAACUCAACAAAACAGAGGAGGAAAGCAGCAGUUAGAGGAAACGCCGCCAGCGACUCGAUGCCGCAUUCACCCUCCGGCCGGGCGCCCAGCCCCGGCCUCGCUUCUCUCCCGUUCUCGUGUUGAGCCCCCUCCCCUCCCAGCGCCUGCCCCAUCCCAUCUGAUCCCCAGGGAGGGGACAACAGCCAAAAACAAAUAACGUUGAGAAAACCCGAUGCAUUGUGUUUAAAAAGAGGAAAAGACAAAACCCUGCUCUGUGUGUUUGUAGCCGCAGCCAUGGGGAGCUGCCAGGAGCCGCUGCCAGGAGCCGCUGCCCCCCGCUGCCAGCCCUGAGGCAGAAGCUGCAGAGACGACCCUUCUCCCCUCGGCUCUGCUCCCCACCAGGGCCGUGGGGCUGCCCAGGCUCUGCCCACUGCCACCUCUCCCCUGGCUUUUCGGGCUGGUGGGUGCUCCUGGAGCUGUGCCCACCAACGCCUGGCGUGGGGCGCGGGAGAGGGGCAGGGAGAUGGUGCCCCCAGGAUGCUUCACGCUGCGGCGUUUCCCAUGGCAAAAGGGACCAAGCUGGCCAAAGGCUGGAGCUGGGCCCCGUUUCCUUGCCCGGCUGCAGCCCGGCCUCCCCCUUCCCGGGGUGUCCCUCACAUCCCCAUCUGUAGACAGCAGAUUAGACUGUAAGGUAUCUCUGCCCCCGUGCCAUCCCAGCCCAUCCCAGCCCAUCCCGCGCCGCCGCCCCGGGCGCUCGCAUCCCCGCGCUGUCCCCGCUCCUCUGGGCCCGUGGGACGGGUUCCUGGGUGCCCCCCAGCCCCCCCCCAGCCUCUGUGUAUAUUAAUGACUGUGUCUCGUGCCGUUCUUACAAGCUUGGUGUAUAGUGACUUACCCAAACCUGGGCUUUCCCUUGGGUUUUGAUUUGCCCCCCCGGGAUUGCCCCCUGCUCCUUCCCCUGCCGUUAGCUGCACUGCAAGAUUUUGGGGUCCAUUGUUUUGUUCUCUCCCCCUGAAGGCUGUGACCCCCUUUUUCCUUCCCCACAGAUCUCUCUCUCUUGCCUUGUUGGUGGUUACCCCCCCCCCCUUCCCCCCCGGUCUGUUCCUUGCCCAUGAGGUUAAAUAUCUAUUUUUAGGGCAAAGGCUGUAUCAUUGCACAUUGAUCUUUGUUGGUUCCCUGGUCCUCCUGCCCCUUGGAGUCCUUCCUUGGUUUUAGCAAUGCAGACGCUUCAGGAUCCUGUGUGUUGGACACUGUUCUGUUGGGGUUUGUUUGUUUUGGGGGUUUUUCUGUUACAGUUAUUUAUAUAAAAAUAAUUUAUCAAAAGGAAAACGUUAAAAAAAGAGAAUUAACCUGGUCUGUCAUGGAACUUGUUUACCUUGAAAUUACUGGAAUCUAAAUGUUUGAGAGUGUUGAAGCACAAACAUGUAUCAUCUCUGUAUCUGUUCUUCUGUACUUAAAGCACUCGAGUGACUCAAUAAAAGCGACGUCCAUCCCUCGUGCA